AUGCAGCCUCUCCCGCUUAUUAUCCUUUCUCUCCUAAGCCUAUCCCAUGCUACCACCCCUCCCCCAGUUAUCCUCUACGGAAACCCUGCCACGACGAACGCGUGCAAUCUCGAAUGCCGCCGUGCAUUCUGUAUCUCCGUAUCCCAGUUUCUCGAAUCAGUCACGUGUACUAUGAGCCGCCCCUGCCUCUCUUUAAUGCUCCAGGGCCAGAUCCAGGAUAAAUGCUUCAACUGGCGGCCAGAUCUGGAAGUUCAUAUCAAUGUCCCGACUAUCGGGGAAGUAGACGACUGCAUGGGAAAGGACCAAGAGGUCGAGUGGGUUAAGCCAUAUGUGCCCGUGAAGGAAUGGGUUGAUAUUGUGGUUGAGGAGGAGGUCGAGGAGGAGGAGAGGGGCGUAUGUAUGGUUGCUCUUGUGCUGAGGUGGGCGUGUUUUGGAGGUGUUGUGGCGGCUUUGUGGCAUACAUGGGCUACGGUAAAAGGGAGGGAGAUUGUGGUGGAAAGAAGGAGAGAGAAGGGCGAGUUACAUAUGUAG